AUGGAGUCUACUCAUAAUCAUACUGUGCAGGAAAAGAUGAUGGAAGAACUUGUUAGGGGUCGUGAAUUUGCUACCCAACUUCAACUAGUCCUCCAUGAGCUCACUGGAUCUGGUCAUGACUCAGCCAUGGCCAAGGAUCUGGUUACUAAGAUAUUGAGAUCGUUCACUGAGGCUCUUGCAAUACUGAGUUACACUAAGUCCGGUGAGGUUCCUGCAAGUUCACCUUGUCAGGAUCAAUGUAGAAAGGGAUCUAAGAGAAGAAACAUGCAAGAGACAUGGACCAGGAUUACUUCUAUGCCCAUUCAAGAUGGUUAUGCUUGGAGAAAAUAUGGGCAGAAAGAGAUCUUCAAUGCCAAGCAUCUAAGGUGCUACUUCAGGUGCACCCACAAGUUAGAUCAAGGUUGUGAAGCAACCAAACAAGUUCAAAGAACAGAAGAUACACCCCCAAAGUUCUGGACAAAAUACAUAGGCCACCACACAUGCCAAGAUCAUGUCCUCAAUCAGGCUUCAUGCAUCUUGGAUUCUACUACAGCUGAAGAGGGUGUUCUACUCAACUUUGAAUCAAACACCACAACCAAACAAGAGCCUCUUCUCUUCUUAUCAUUCUUCCCCUCAAGCAAGGAAGAACACAAGAAACCCUUUCCCUCAAUAGAACAAGAAUACAACCUACCCUCAUCAGAAUAUCUUCCACCACAGGAUGAUCUAACCAAAUUCAAAUCAACCAUGCCAUCAUCGGUGUUACCAUCGACUUCGAAGUUGGACCAUGCAGAUGUUAUUGUUUCAGAGGGUAGCAACAGCUUCGACGACAUUGAUAUGGAGUUGAUUGAUUCAUUUUACCUCAAUGAUUUAUUCUUUGAUGAAGAGCUCUUUUAG